AUGGCUCAGACGCAACAGAAACGAAAGAGAGCACGAAACACUGCAAACUCACUUGAAAUGGCUCAAUUCAUUGACGCUGGCUCAAAUAAGAUCAAGAAAAGAAUAAGAGAUCUAGAGAGACUGUUGACGAGGAAACGAGACUCUCUGCCGGACACGAUAAUCGUUGAGAAGGAAAGGACAUUAGAAGCGUUGAAAUUGGAGCUGCAGAAUGCUCAGUUAAGGACUACGAUAAAACGGAAUGCCAAGAAAUACCAUAUGGUUAGGUUCUUCGAACGGAAGAAGGCUCUGAGAAGAUAUAAAAAGGCUUUGAAAGCAGUGGAAGAAUCAGAUGGAGACGAAAAAUGCAAACAAGAUCUUAUUCAGAAGUCCAUCGAUCUCUGCUAUGUUGUGAACUUCCCCAAGGCCGAAAAGUACAUCGCCCUGUAUCCAUCCGAUGACGGUGCCAAUGGGAACAAGGACGAUACCAGUAGUAUGAAGACCGAGGCAAAGAGAGCCGCAUUCCGCGAUCUGGUCUCUAAACAGCUGAAGGAAGGUACCCUACCGGUUUCUUUGGAUGAUAUCCUAAGUGGGAAGAAGCUGGAUAAGGAGGGUGCGGGUAUGACGCUAGAGGCCGCCGAUGCGGACAAGAAGACCGAUAUCGUUGAGACUGCGCCUGAGGAGGAUGAAUUUUUCGAGUGA